UUGAUUUAUAUUUGUUCAAUGGUAACUGAAACAGAUAGGGCUUGAAUGCCGUUAUAAAAAGCCCCCUUAAUAUCCAUGGGACCAAUAACUGAACUUAUUGUUUAGGUGAAACCAUGGUAUUUGCGAUAUUAAUUAUUUUCGGAGUUGUUGGAAACGCCGUUACACUGGACUGCCCCCAGUGUCAACAUUCUGUCGGUGUAUCUAACCAGCCACCAAACCAUGACGAAGAUUAUUUGGUGGAAAAGGUAAAAAACUUCGAUUGUGCGGAAAACAAGAUUCGCGCAACAGCAUGUCCUAUCGGCAUCGAACGGUGUUACAGUGUCCACACAAUAUCCAACGGAAAGGGCCUUACCGACAAUCCCGAGGUGGAGUAUACAAUUGAACUUGUACAGCGAGGUUGUGCAAAGCUGGUUAUCUCUUCGGUUCCGGGAAUAUGCGAAAACUCUAAGAACGCAACUGGAAACAACUUCAUUGCUGCUUUACAAUCAGGAAUGAGCAUGUACUCGAGCGCUCAAGUGACGGGUGAGGUAUGUGAUGGAUCAAAGAGCUUUCAGAUCCAGAUCCAUGAAAAAGAUGUUAUCGCUUAUCGCGGCGCUGGUGGUAAAACUGGCAGAAAUUCCGCCGUGAAAGGCGUGUUGGACUGUGCCUGGGUGAUUCUAAUAUUUUUUGCUCUGUGAAUUUUUCAAUAUUCAACAUAUAAAAUGGUACUUUUACAAAAGUAUAUGCUUGAAUAUUUGUGAUCAAACGAUACGCUGCCUUUUUUAACAUCUGUGCAAAAACAAAAUGUUAUACACUCACACUGAUGUGUUUGUUGUGGUUGACAAAUGACAUUUAAUUGUUGGGUAAUUGUGAGGGUCGGUUUGCAAUCAACCGGGCUGUUUAAAACCCAGCGUGUCAUGGUUAGCCCCAAAAGAUGCAUUUCUUAAUCAUCUAUUCAAUGAAUGCUUAUAUGCACUAUAUCCGGACUAUCAGCGUAAAUAGUAACUUCAGUUCGCAAAUUAGUAAUGCCGGUUUUAUUAUUAUUUGUAUAAAUAUAAAUGGGUUCAUUUUGAUGUUUCUAUGCAGAUAUUUAAAUAUAGUUUUGAGACAAAAGUUGAAUGUUGGGAAAACAGUGUCUUACGUGCACAUAUAAAAUUUAAUGCCUGUAAUAUCAGUUGGUGUAUGAUGAUUAUGACACUAAGACGCGCAAUUGUAUAUAUUAAUUGUACAUUACAUAUGUUUUUCAUUGGCACGUGAGGGUUUCUUCUUAGACGUAAUUUGUAGUCGCUUUAGCCAUGACAAUUUCUUCUACCUCUUUGACCACAACAGAAUGCUCUCCUUCCGUUUCUGUCAAUAAACAUUGAUAUUUCACGAUCA